CCUGCCCCCCAGGAUCGACCCCUCUGUGGGGAAUGUAAUGUACAUAUUUGGUCACUCACACUGAAAGCUAUGUUUGGUAAAUUUAGAACAUGUAGAAGAUCAAGUACAACCUUCAUUCAAACAGUCGAUCGACAUGUGAAAUUAUUUAAGUAUCUCUUUAGUUUUGAAAAGAUGAACUUUGAUAACUUGUUGAUUAACAUGCGACAAGUUUAUACAUGGUAUAUCUGUUAUCUUUCAAUUAGCAGAGGGUAUUUUUUUUGUAAGCUGUACGUAUGUAUUUAUCAUAAUUUCGUGACACUUACAAUGGUUUUGACCAUAUCAAAUUAACGCGGGAGCUUAUCACGGACUUUGGACUUCUCUUGUAAAUAAAAGAAAUUCAUAAACUGAUUACAGUAAUUCGUGAUCACGAGAUCAAGAUCAACUGUAUAUUCUAAUCUCUACUGAUCGUAUAAGGUUGUGUUUUUCUCGUUUCUCCCCAUUUCGUGGAAGCUAAAUAUAUACAAAAUAUCGCUUAUGUAAAAGAUGGUAAUAAGGAAUAUGCGUGAACAUGUGAAUGGACUGAAUAGGAAACUUCACCAAGCAGAUAUCACACACAAGCUUUAAGAAUAACCAUGAAAUCUAUGCAAAAAAGGAUGAUUAAUUGAAAGCUACAUUUUCAUGGUAAAGGGUAAAGUGGAAUCAAAGAUGGAGGAAUUUGACGCCAGCUUGGUACUGAAUGAAAGUGAUCCUUAUUAUCGACCAUGUAACAUCACAGAGGAUGAAAAAGAAAUGGUAUUUGGGAUAAGUUUUGGUUUUGGGUUAGCAAGUUUGAUCGCUGUUUUUACUAUCAUCGGCCAUGCCGUGCUGGAGAAGCGUUACUUAACGUCUGAGAUCCGUCCUGUCGUCCACCUAUCCAUAGCAAAUGCAGGGUUUUGCUUGUGCCUCAUAACUCUUGAUAUUCUCUAUAUGUUCACAUCUAUGAAGGUCCAGGAAACAACGACUAUUUAUCUUAUCACACUUGAAGAGGUCUUUUAUUUAGUCUCGUUCAAUUUGACCGCAAAUUAUUCAAUGGUAGUCUACGCAAGACUGAAAACGAAAUUAUGUAUGUCUGAAGACCUGCAAACACUUGAGACCACGAAGACAAUGAGGAGAUAUAUAAGGAUUUCGUACUUCUUAUCAUGGUUUCUACCACCUCUGCUGUUGGUACCCAUUACAGUCGCCGUGCUGGCUAAACAUUUCGAAAUACAAUUCUGUUAUCUAUGCCCCACUGUCAUCUACUCUCCAAGAAGUGAGGGUACUUUAUUUGACAGUAGUUUUCUAAAGAAUAUCGGUAUCAUCUCAGUUAUUGUUACCUACUUCUUCGUUGUGUUGACUAUUUCGAUUUUCUUUUCUUUAUCGCAAAGAAUAUGUACAAAGUUAUUAAAGAAUGAAAAUAUUGAAGUACAUGAUCAAAGAGAAAUCAGAUGGCUCCGUACGAGGAUGUCAUUACAUAUACUCAGUUUCAUUUACUGUUGGACACCAGCUUUUCUUAUCAGUAUACUAGUUCUGGUCGUUGAUCUUUGGAACGUAGUAAUAGAAAACUGUGCUCCACUAUUCUAUGUAUGGGCUGUGACAGCUCCCUGCUACGGUCUUAUUCUUGCGGUUAUUUACUUCUACACUAUCUACUUCCAAAAUACCCGGUCUCAAAUUUUGAGAGAGAGGAGACCCUUCGGUUCCCGGAUAUACCGUUUCUACGGCACCGGCAGUCAGCGAUCAAGAUGGCCCAGAGUUAGGACGCCCUCACCAAGUGUAAGCGAAGGCAGUCAGGUCGAGGACACAAACGCGAAUGUCGGCAGGGUGUCGUCCCCUCCUAACACAGCCUUGUCAACUGUUGGAGUUAAGAAAUCACAAAGAAGUCCAAGUUUUCUGGGCUUGUUGAAAACCAAAGAUAACGAACAAAAGGAAGGCGAAGGUGUUGAAAAUCCUGACACGUUUUGAACAAUGAAACAUCCGUGAAUGGUGUGUUUUAAGGUGUAAAAGGACUGGCUGCUUCUCAGGAGUGAAUGAAUCACUAAAUAGCAAUGAAUGACUUCAGGAAAAUCCAUUUGACAAACUAUUCAAUAGUGUCAUGUCGUGAAACUGGUGCAUGAACAACUGUUCAAAUCAAUGGUGUUUGUUGCAAGUAAACGGUUAGCAACAUAACUAUGGUGAUUGGAAACCUUGCACACGCAACCACUAUGGCGUCAGAAAAAAAAAUAUAUAUACAUUGUAUAUAUAUAAUGGGUCAAUUACGGCCUAGUGAACAUGAUUACAGAAUUUGUUAUGACAAGUACCAGAAAAUAGACUACCAAACAACGUUAAUUUGUCCAAGUCUGUCAAGAAAAUGUCAGUAUUGGAAAUUAAAUGAUUUUUUGUCUUGUACUGUAUAGACCAUGCCAAUAUGCUGUAACGCGCUUUGAUCCAUUCUGGGAAAAGCGCUCUAUAAAUUGGCUUUUAUUAUUCAACAAACCAUAAAAUAAAUUUAAAUUUAAAAAAUAAAAAAUCAUACGCGUUAUUUUCCUCCAUAAAAAUAUGAUCAAGCUAUCAAAUCAUAUGAAAAGAAAAUAAUGUUCAUCUUUUGAAAUACUACUUUUCAUUCAGGUUUUGCCCCCCCCCCCUCCCUUUUUUUUGUUGAUGCUCCAUAAAGUUAUUAUUCUUAAAAUCUGUGAUAUUCUCCCUGAGGUGCGUUCAAGUAAAUUCUUUAAAAUUAUCAUAAUCAGUACGCAUGUUCAUAUAUUCAACAAUCUAUUUGGUUUUAUAUAGGAAUUACUAUCUUCAAAAUCACUGAGUUUUGCAACUUGAAAAUAAACCUCUCGUGGUAGAAGUUUCAAUGUUAUGAACAAAAUAUGAAUUAUGACAUGCAGACAAAUUUAACGGCGGUGAUUUUAUGUUUUAUUCAUUCGUUCAGAAAUUUGAAAAUUGGAUACUAUCAUGACUCUGACAUGUAUAAAGCAACCCUGUCGAUCUGUAUAUCCGAUGCAAGCAGCUUUUGAGAUUUACACCAUUAUUUACCUGCGUUAAGGAAAUUACUUUCUUUAAAAGAUUAUUAUCAAAGAAACUCAAAUUUAUUCCUAUCCCUAUGGGUUUUCUUGUUCAUUUAAUUGGUUAACUUGUACUGUAUUUUUACACUGUUGGGGAAACUCAUGAAAGCCUUUGAUCCGGUAUCCACGUAUUCAUCGUUAUUAGGAAUUCAGGCUAUUAACAGGUCUUCUAUUUUAUUUUUUUAAUUAAGAGCGCAGAAAAAACAUGAAAUAUUACCAAGCUUCAUCAAUUCUGACAUACAUGUAGUUCGAUUAAGGUUUAUGCAUUAGAUGACUUCUCUCAUUUGAAGGCAGUGAAUAGUGAGUGUAUAGGGACGUUAUCUUAUAGCGAUGGAGAGAGAGGGGGGGAGGGGAAGCGAAAGAUUGUGCGUGGGUGUGGGUUUGUGUGUUUGUAUAUUCUCUUUAAAAACUUUCUUGCAUGUAUAAAGGAGAAACAUAAUACUGAUUAUUGUAUUAUUGUUCUGUGUAUUUUUAUAGAAAAAACAGCAUCCAUGUAUGAUUAGAAAAUAUUCUCAUUGAUAAUUUUCAUGAUCUGAAAUAAAAGAAAUAAAAUAUCAUUUAACUUAAACAAAUAUGGUGUGGGUGUUCAUGAAGGCGUGGGUGUGGAUGUAUUAUGUACAUGUAUUCAUACAUGUAUGUAUGCACGCUCCUGAGUGUAUGUGUGCACAUGUCGUGUUGGUUGUGUGUUUAUGUGGGUGAAUCAGAGUGCUGGAGUAGGAAACAAAUGAAGAUAAUGGCCUGCAUUCCUUACUGACUUAUUGCAUGAAUUUGAAUAUCAGCUAAGAAUCCUACAUUACAUUCUAGAUGAGAAAUUGUGAACAUGAUAAAAUUUCUUCUUUGCAUUCGACAACUUCUGUCAUGGCUGUGAUUGAGAACAGACUAUCUAAAAGAGAGAAAUGUCGGAAUAUAAUUAAGUACGCCGGGGAUAUUAUUGUGAGGUUUGACGUAAUACAAGAUGUAUUGUACGAAAAUAAGGUUAAAUAAUUAUCUGAUUUAAUUAUUCGUUGAAUAAUUUAUGUUUAUCAUGAUAUCAAUGAUUAUGCCGCCGGUAUCCCAUUUGUGUCAUCAAAACCUGAUGUUUUAAAUCGAUUUCUGACAAUUUUCAUGAGACCAUUGAAUUAUUUAUAUCAAUGUGUUUCAAAUAAAAUUUACAGCCAGGACUUUAGAAUUUAAUAAUCUUCUCUGCAGUUAUAUACACUAAAUCUAAAACGAAAGCUCGAAUGCUUCAAUUUCUGCAAUGGUGGUGAGGGCAUUCACCGCUACUUUCAUGAAGAAGGGGAAAUUUAAAUAUCUUUUGAACCUUUAGUCAGUUUACUGCAGGUUUUGAAUCAAUGAUUUUCUUUGGAGUAGUUCUUCCUUUACAAUAAAACUGAAAGUAUGGAAUCUUGUUACAUGGUGAAUGCUGGGGGACAUAAUUUCAGAUUUGUCAUCUAUGAACACGUAAUAUCUAAACUGAAAUUAUGAAUAAUCAUUACUCAUAGGACAUAUAGAGGAAUAUCAUAAGACGAGUACAAUGACAAAAAUGGUAACUCAAAUCUGCGGGUGUAUUGGUUUUAUACAAACAAUAUUUAUUCUGUUUCUGUUAUUAUAAUUCCCGUAUAGAACUCGGCAGGACAGCUUUUUGCAGGUAUAAUGCCAAGUUGGUACAUAACCAAUUACGUCUGAUUGCUCUGAAACAUUUUACAUCCAAGUUAAUCAGUCAGAGUGGCUGAUCAUUAUAGACGACAGAAAUUACUCUCGUGUCUUUUUAUCAAUGGCAGAGCGGGGAUUCGAACUCCCAACCUUACGGUUAUGAGUCCAAUGCUCUAAUCACUAGACCACUCGCAAGAAUAACUCAAUUGUAGCAUUACUAGGGCAGUACUUGAUAUGAAUGAUGAUUCUAGAUCUACGCACUGUUUAAAGACAUUCAAUUUGUGAGAUAUUUCCUUUGAGCAAGCGCCAUUAGCGCCCAGCUGAGGUGGAUACGGACAGGCUCUACACAAGAACCCAUCAUCACAUCAUCAUCAUCACACGACCCCGAUAAGUAGACUGAUAGGAUCACACUUAUCACGCUUAUCAUUAAAUAUCACACUCAUAAUGGCAUCUUGAAUUGUUUGGAAAAUAUUGAUAGAAAUGUAUUGUAAUUUUUUUCUAUUAAUUUCAAGUUUCUACUGGCACACCUAACAAAAAUCAUUAUCAAUGUCAGAGAAAGAAGGUCCUUAUAGCCCCACCCAACACUCACAAUCCACCCUCUCGGUGGUAUAACACCGAAUCCCAUUUUAGGCGUAAACUUAAAUUCCUUAAUGGAACGUUUCAGCUACAUUACUCCUGAAAAAAAAUUGUUGUUGUUGUUAUUUUGUUCUUUGUUUAGAAAUUGGAGAGUAUGUAUUUUUUUAAUGAGAUAUUUGUUCUCUAUUUAUAAUCUAUGCAUAUAACACUGGAAUUUGAAUGGAGCUAAUAAUGCAGAAUGAUCAAACAACACCAAGAUAUCAUAUUCCCAUCCGAGAAAGAUGAAAUAAAAUAAGAAUAAAUGAAAUUCAUUUGAAUUCUUAGGCACUAGUAUAGUUUUUAUAUGGUCUUUAUUACGGAGUUUUCGCUUUUACUACGAGGAAACUAUCUAUAACCAUCAAUUCCUUUGAAAAUACAAUUAAAAUUUCGAGAACUGAGAGGCAGUUUGUCCAGAGUUGGUGGGCUGGGACAGCAGAUCAUCCGAAGAUUUGCCGCUGAACAACGAUUGCACAUGCAUGAAAUAUGUCGCACUCCAGAGUCACGAGAUUCCGAAGCUAUCCUGGUCCACCAACUUUCAACAAAAGCCUCUAGGCUCUCCGUUAAGUUUUAACUUGCGUUUUCAAACGAACGUUGCAUUGCAGAGAGUGCGAAAAGGUCGAAAUAUCAGUAUUGUGUGAAACCCCGAAGCCUUCAGGAUAAGGUCAGAAAAAUGAGGUUUAACGAGUGUCACGUAGGCGAAGUAGUUAUUGUGUCUGAGCUCAUUAAGUUUACUUCAACUCCAUUGUAGUUUAUAUUGCUUCAGUGGAAUAAUAGGAAACAAAUCUGAGUGCAAGGUUAUACUGCAAAUGACGAAUAAAAGGGGUUACUACCAAUUCAUGUAGCCAUAAGCUUAUGUAGAUUUCCAUACAAUUAACAUUGCGACUAUACAGUCCAGUAGAAAUUAUCAA